AUGCAGCUCGCAUCUACUCCCGCCUUUCUCACGUUGCCGAAGGAGUUGCGUGACAGCAUUUACGAGUAUGCACUCGAUGGUAACACUCAAGUGCAUGUCGUUCCAACUACGACGGAGCGCACACAAUGCACGGCGUGGAGAUUGCAUCAUAGUACCACACCGCCGGUCGCGACGUACCUCAGCUUGUUGCGCUGCUGUCGGGAGACAUACCGCGAGGUGACGGCGUUGCUGAACCGGGCGUCACUGCCUGCCAGUACUACCGUGCUCCAACUGCACGCUGCUUACCCGGACAUGCAGACAGCGUUCCUACGCAUACCACGUCCACCCGAGCGCCUCCACGAUCUGCACAUCGACCUCAAGCUGGGGAAUAUGUGGGAUCCAGUGUUCAACACGCCAGGCCAGCAAGAGGUCCUGAUGCGACCGCUCUUCGAAAUCUUGAAGCGAUAUUGUCACUACGGACCACACAUGGGGCGCAAUCAGCCUUUGAUCACGCCGCUGAAGCUUGAUGUAGUACAGAUAGUCGUAAGUUCGGCGAUAACGCUUAGCGAGCUGGAUUUUGUCUUCGACAGCCCCCGCUCCCGACUUGCUAUGCUCUUUGGACGCUUUAAGAAUUUGUUGAUGAAGCUCGCUCGCUCUGGGAUCUUGUUCGACGCUAUUCAUGCCUUCGAGGUUCGCCUUCGAGCUGAUCUAUUUGACGGGGACUGGCAUCGCAUGCCAGUGACGUCCAAUAUGUGGGACGAGCAAGACUACGUAUUCUACCACAAUGCUGGCUUCUCGUGGGAUGCCAAUGCGAUUACGCGGUAG